UUCACAGCCAAGGGUUUAUUGACAUCUGGGACGGACUUUAGUUAGAGUGAUAGCCUUGUAACAGUCAUCAUGCAACUGAAGGCAACAGGGAUAUGUAGAGAUGUUGAAGAGUAAUUUUUCUUCAGAUGCCUUAUCACACCAAUCCUGUGAUUGAGUAAGACAACAGCUGCUGAAGGAAAUAACGGAAGUGUCUUGGGGAUACCCUGAUUUUCCGAGUCCACAGUAAACCCUCAUAGAAGAUCUCAGUGCAUAGUACCCAUGAUAUGUGCACUGAAUGAUGGGAAGAGUAUAAGUCUACAGAGAGCCUCUAACACCGUGAAUAGACAGAAGAAGAUGAAUAAAUACCACUUGAAUAGAAAUUCAAGAAUUUCCAGACCAGUGCUUCCAGAACACAGAUCAUCUUCAUCAGGGAAUAUUAAAGAUGACUUCCAGCCAACGAGAAAAAUUGCACUGGGAUGAAACUUUUAUGGAUUUGUUGGCAGUAGCAAAGUAUAUAUACUCAAAAAUAGCAAGAGGACAUUAAGGAUUGUUUUUGACAUCUGAGCUUACAGCGUGAUAAGGUAUCUUGGAAUACAUUUUACUUUGCUUUACUACGUCUGCCUUCCAUGAGUAGGUUGUUGACUGGAAUUUCUUGACCACAGUUUUUAGUGGGUUUCACAGGCACACUUCUAUUACAUGCAGAUUUAUUGAUCUGCCCAAGUUGGUGUAACUUCCAUUUCUGAGAGACCUUUAAAACAAGAGGACAGAAAAACAACAUUUACGGCUCAUUGCUUCUGUAUUCAGUUAUCACCUGCUGCUGUCAGUAAAAAAUUCACCAAAGGACAGAAAAAAUUCAACAUACCGUUGAACUUUUCUCUGAAGCUGCAGGGAAAUACUUACAAACAUUUUCACUAAUCAUUCAAGAUGAAUUUCUUGCGAAGAUUCUCCCAGGGCGGAGAAACAGAACCCCCAAUUAAAGAUGAGAAACCAUCACCACCACCUCACCCGUCAAAUCUGCGAGCCAGUUUCUCCGGUGGCGCCUCUUCACUCUUCAGUUCUGUUGGUGCGAUGAAAAAUGGUCUGUUCAGCGACAUCUCAUCAAAACUGGAUAAUGUCACCCUUAAACUGGGCAAAAGGGACUCUGCGACUACGUCUCCUAAUCACACAACUUCCUCUUCUGGUUCAAGUCCUCCAACUUCUUCGCCUAAUGGAGAGUCAUUAAAUGGAGGAAUGACAGAAAAUGGAAAGCCAACAGAAACCAUUCCCAAUGGACAGAUGUCUCAUGGUCAGGUAGUAUCCGCACAUGUUCAUAAAACAGACCAAGAUAAUGCUUCACUGAAUAAUUAUUUAGAAGAUGGGGUCGAUUUGAAUAAUGGCGUCCCUAAUGCCAUUGAUCCAGGAACCAAAAUUAGACAUUUGAAUAAAAUGAAAGAAGGGCAGACGGCAGGGUCAAAGCAAGAUGGCAACAAAAAAGUCCGCCCACCUAGGCCACCUCGGCCAAAAUUGGAAAAGAAGGAGAGCUUCUCUGGAGAGGAUAUCUUUCUAAAGGAUACCUUUGUCGAUGAGAGAGGACGCCGCAGAGGUAAACGGAGGAAUAGUUUAUUGGUUAGUUCGGAUGAUGAAGAGGAAGUGCUGCUGGCACCCGGGGUGGACGUAACCCCUAGCCCAGGCGAGGCUGUGCGGGAAUUCACAUUUGACCGCGAAGGGGUCAUGGUUGCUCCAGCUGACACUGAAAAUGACCCCAAAGGUGAGGAUUUGAUGGAUUUUAAUGAUGAUGAAGAGGAGGGGUUGCUGCAUAGGAUGAGCAGCGUCAGUUCCUCAGAGGUAGAAUAUGGUGGGGAAGUGUUACAGCGAUCAGAAUCCCAAAUGUCUGGACAGUCUUGGGCGUCUGCUUUCAGUUCAGACAGCCAGUUAGAUGAACACAGCCGCCAGGUCAAGGAAUUUAUGAAGAUAUUCGUUGAUAAGAUUUUCCAAGGAGAGGCAAUAUCUCAGACAGACAAAGCAAGAUUUGGGGAGCUUUGCCAAGAAAAUCCUGGACGUCUGUGGUUUGCUAGGAAUAUGAAUGCUCAGAGAGUGAACACAAAGACUGUAGAUGAGCAGAUCUUUUACCGUCUGAUCCAGUUUUUUGCUAUUUGCCUCUUUGAGUGCAACGAAGCUGAGGAUUUCUCUCCGGCAAAGACGCUAAUGAAUAUGUGUUUUACAUUUUGCCAUGAAGUUCGCCACCCUUCAGGGCCAGUGUACAAACACUUCCUGUACAGCUAUCUCAAAGACCAACCGAUAUGGAGAUCCCUAAGAUUCUGGAAUGCUGCUUUCUUCGAUGCUGUUCAGCAUGAACGCAGUAGGCGGCAUAUACAAAACAGUGGGAAUGAUAAUGAGGACCGGAGGGAUGAUAGGAAAUUUGAGAGGAACAUCACAUUUGGUCAGCUGGGGAACUUCACCAGCAAUAUGCUUGCCCUAGGACUUACUAAACAGCUGUGUCUGGAGUUCCUGAAGAAGCAAUCAACCAUCGCAAGUUUGAAAGAAGAACAACAGAAAAUGUUAGAGGAGAAUAUACACAACUGGAAAGAGCAGGCUGUGAUGAAAUAAUAUCCUUGCAUGUAGUCAAAUCACAGGGACUUGGAAAGCUAAGCUGGGGCAAAAUUUUGAAGCCAGAGAGACUUGGAAACUGUGAUUAUGAAAAUACCCAGCCCCUGUGUCAUAGACAAUCAUUGUCAGUUAAAAAGUUGAUGUCCCUCUCCUGAAGUACA